GCCAAUCGUGUCUAGGGACGCGGCGCGUCCUCGCGGGCUGGCUUCCUUGUUUUCUAGGCCGAGCGAGGAUGGCGAGGCAGGGCUGCUUGCGGCACCACAAGGCAUUGACUUCAGGAAGGUUGACAGGAUCAACUAAACUGACAAACAAGAAAAAACAGAUUGCUCCAAGAAAAGUGGCAUGUGCAGAAUCUGAUGCUGGGUACUCCCUGUAUUCUACAGAUUCUGAGGAUCAGGUUGCAAAUAUUCAUCUUGGCCUUGACCGCUGUGCAUCUUUGCUAAGGGACAUUCUACAGAAUGACUCCCAAGGAAUGGAGGGCAUCUGUCAAAAAGGAGCGAAGGCACCUACUUUCAGAACAACUUCCAGACCUUUGCUAAAUAAAAUGAGUGGUGCUAAAAAGAGGAGCGCAAAGAAAAAAACUCUUUCAGCAAAUGUGCAAAAAGAAACAGCAUCUGUGUUAAAUAGAAAGGUAGUUUCAGGUAAUGAAGCUGCUGCUGAAAAAGAUGGAGCUCCUGUAAGCACCAAACAAGCGUCUGCUGUUAAACCAUUUCACGGACCUUGCACUCAGCAUUCGCCUAUAAUGCACCAGAAAUUAUGUGAGCACGCACAGUCGGAAAUGUCUCUGUUACAUAUGCACCCUCCACGCAAAUCCAGUGAUAUUCCUGAUGUACUUUCCAUCAUUCCUGAAGAGGCGGCAUAUCAUCCUGCUACAGCAUUCAACAGUCAUUUACCUACCUCUACACCAGCACUGUCCCCACAGCAGACAGCUAAUCCUUCUGUUGUUCACCCUGGUCUUCCCAUGGACACCUGCAGCCGGUGUGCCUCACGAACGGGACCAGUCCUUGUACCUGGAGGCUCCAGGGCUUCCGCUUCUACGGCGCAGACGCAACCCUCGGCUUCGUGCUCUGCUCUGCCCCAUGUGGCUCCCUCUGCUCCAAGCAACCUCCCGUCCUCAGCCAUCCUCUCUCCGGCUGCUGGCAGAGAGGCCGUGUCAGAAGGCGCCCACCAAGAACAGUUUAAUGAGGCAGAGUUGAUCAGAUGCAUUCAGGCACAGCUGGCUCUGUUGCAGGCCCGGGAAAGGGAGCGCAAGCAGAAGGAGGCUGUCAGGAAUUGCCCAGAGGCUGACCUGGGGCAGCCUAAGCCACCCAAUUCCAAAGAACCAGAGAUGGCCGAAGAACACAAUGAGGGCACGCCAAGUGAAGAGGACAGCUUAGAUGGCAUUGAUAUGGCACCAGUGAGAGAUACAAGCUGUCAGACUAGUUUUGACACAGGGGUCUUAAAGCCUAAAAAAAACAGCCUGCAGAAAAGAGUCCAAAAAGUGAAAACUGUGAAGUAUCUUUUGGCAGAGCUCAAGACCUUGCUAACCGACCAUGAAGAUUCUGAAACGUUAGGGGUGCUAGAUGAAGUCGAUGACGCCACAUCACUCUUGCCUGCAGCUGUUGAGAAUACAAAUGUACAAGCUGAAAUAGCACUUGCCCUUCAACCUCUCAGAAGUGAAAAUGCCCAGUUGCGCAGACGACUGAGAAUUUUGAAUCAACAGCUCAAGGAGCAAAACAGAGCUGAAAAGGAAUGUAGUCUGGAUAGCAAUCUGGAAUUUGUGUCCCUCCAGUCUUUGAAUAUGACAUUGCAGAGUCAGUUGAAUGAAUCCAUAAAAAGCAUUGAGUUGUUGCAGGAUAAAAAUGAAGAAUUCAUUAAAAUCCUAGAAAGCCAAAAAGAAGAAAACCAAAGGCUGACUAGACAAAUCCAUGAGAAAGAACAAGAACUGCUUGAAAAGAAACAACAGUAUGAUAUUGACUCAACCAAACUCAAAAUUGAAACAGAUGAAAUGUGGGCCAAUAUGAAGACUUUCCAGUACAAGUUAGAAGCUUCAGAGAGAGAAAACCAGAUUUUGGGCAUAACGUUGCGUCAGCGAGAUGCAGAAGUGAAUAGACUGCGUGAAUUGACCCGGGCUCUUCAAGGGAGUAUGUCCAGACUGCUGUCAGACCUCACUGGGGAUAUGAUGAAACCCAGACAAGCCAGCAGUCUGUCAAAAGCUCUCUUGGAAAUUCAUGAGAAACAGUUGCAGCCUGAUGCAUACCCUCUAAGUGAUUCCAUAAUAAGCUAUCUAAAAAAAUUAGAAAUGGACCCCCUCUUAUGCAAGGGUGAGAUGAAGGAGCCCAGGGAAGUACCUGAUGUGAGGACAGAUGAGUGGCCUCCCCAAGAGAGUCAGGUGGUGGCAGAGGAACCAGUGGCUUCGAGAAACCUUUGUGUCUUCCAAAAGCUUGAUGCAGAAGCAGCCAGCUGCUUAAGUACUUUAGGAGGGCAUGAGCUGGAUGAGACUAUUUACAUUCCACUGAGUAGCAGUUCAUCUAAGAAUCCAGUCACAGCAGCUGAAAGGAAGACAUUUGUACAACAGUACCAAAUUCCCCCCAGACAGGCGUGUGACUCUAAGCAGCCAAGCAAGCUCGGGAUGCUGAGCAACGCAAAGGCCUGUGAUAAAUUCUCUGGUAGCUUUAGUCAAAAAAGAACUGUUGAAAAUAAAUCUGAAACUCUGGGGAGGAUAGAAAAGCUGGAAAGUGAGAGACUCCAAACGCAGCCAAAAGAAAUAACUAAUGGAUCUGCUAAAGUGAUUUUGAACAAUCCAGACAGACUUCAGCCUGAUAAACUCUGUUAUGCUCCAGUUUCACUACAGAAAGGAAAUGGGCAGAAGAACCCUGGAAUUUCUGCUUCUGACUCCAGUUUUUCAACUCUUGACUGGAUGUCAGGAAAAUCUGAAUGGACUGUAUCUUCCUUUUCAACAUUCACAUCCAGAGAUGAAGACGACUUCAAAAAUGGAUUAGCAGCAUUGGAUGCCAAUAUAGCAAGACUGCAAAAGACAUUGCAGAAUAGCUUGAAAAAACAGGGAGACUUUGAGAAUACUUCAGUAGUUCAGAAUAAAUAAGGAAAACUUACUUUUUUAAAAAGCCUAGUGAUUUGUAACUUUUUUUUAUUGUUUGUAUAAGUGGUUAUCUUUUGAAACAUUGACAGGGAACACCUUACUGGUAAAUUAGCAGGCUGUUUCAUCAUUGAAAACUUAUUGAUAAAAUAAUCAAGAGUGAAUCUCAAACAGAUCUGCAAAUUUUAAUA